AUGAGCCAGGAUCCGUUCAAAGACAUCCUGUCAUGGGCGACUCGGACAGCACAGCCAGCGCUCAAGACCGCGGCGGACGAUGUCAACAAGGCUGCUCAGGGAGCAGCCCAGCAAGCAGCCGGGUUCGUCUCAAAGGCGCACGCCGAUAUAUCCUCUUCCGUCAAGAUAUCGGACGCUUGGAAGGUGCUCGAUGAAGUGAAAAGGGCUGCAGGAGGAGGCAACGCGGCUGUCGUUGUGCAGUCUCUGGCGGUUCAAGCUGAGAAGGGAGUUGGAGACGUCGCCAAGUUGCUCGCCAACGAGGCGCAUACAUUCUAUCGCAACAAUCCCCACCUCGUCGCUACGCUACUUCAGGCUGGUGACGACGUUGGUAAGUUUGCGAACAUGGCAGCUGAGGAAAUCCACAGGUUCUACCUCAACCACCCCAACCUAGUCUCAGCAAUCCCAAUCGGCAUCGGAAUCGCCCUCGCAGCACCACCAGCGAGCGUGAUCCUCCUCGGCGUACUCGGCUGGCAACAACAGGGCGUUAUAGGCGGGUCCAUUGCUACGAAAUUGCAGUCGUCCAUCUACGGGCCGUAUACGUGUGGUGUGUUCUCGCUGCUUCAGCACACGGGGGCGCUCGCCGCUGUGGAUGUCGCUGCGCUCGUGGGCGGAGUAGCGUUGAUAGGCGUAGGAGUCGCUAUGAAUAUCCAACACGACAAGCGGAACUAUGAUGCACAGUCGAAGGGGAGGGUUGGUGUGGGGCUGGUGGAUAUUGCUGCGGGACCGUCUGCUGCUGCGAUGCGCAUUGCGGCGCAGAUCAGAGGGAGUCGGAUUCUUUCCGCGUUGCAGAGCGCUCCAGCGAUGGAGAUGGUUGGGGCCGGCGGGGGAAAGGUGUAG